AUAUAUUUGAUAUGUAUAGCUAUAGAUAAAAAUAAAAAUGGCGUCAACACUAGAAAAUUUAGAAGGUCAACUUGAAUUAUUUAUUGAAAAUGUACGGCAAAUACGUAUUAUUGUAAGUGAUUUUCAACCACAAGGACAAAAUGUACUUAAUCAAAAAAUUCAAUCUCUGGUUAAUGGAUUACAAGAAAUAGACAAAUUAAAAUCUCAAGUUCAAGAUGUUCAUGUUCCUUUGGAAGUAUUCGACUACAUUGAUCAAGGUAGAAAUCCUCAGCUUUACACAAAGGAUUGUAUCGAAAAGGCUUUAACGAAAAAUGAACAGGUCAAGGGAAAGAUCGAUGCUUAUAGAAAAUUCAAGGCUAACUUGCUUGUUGAAUUGAAUCGAGUCUUCCCAAAUGAACUUGCUAAAUAUCGCGCCAUACGUGGUGAUGAGUAAAAUAUCUAUCAUGUCCCAGAUGUGUUCAUAAUUUCUCUCACAAACGAUUUCAUGAUCUUGCAAACAAUAGACUUCUGAUCAUUUUAAAUCUGAUACGUACUAAUUUAAAAAAAAAAACAUUAAUA